AUGCCGGUUGCAAAGAGGGAAACCGAGAUUUACAGAAGGGAUGCGAAGCUCAACCAUAAUCUAUUAACCCCAGCUGAACGAGAGAAGCUCCUGGAGCCAUAUUUACCAGAGCCUCCUACGAGACAGAACUCAAAAGCGAAAAAGGGUAGCAAGGUUAGGGUGCUCCCAGCGGAAGAGAGCCAUUCGCGACUGGGCAUACGGAAAUUCCUCAAAAAUCAACUACAUGCACUUGUUUACGUUAUAAUACACACGGUAUUCUCCAUUUACAUACGUUUUCGAGUAGCAUACCAUGGAGUAAAGGAUCGGAUUUUCGCAAUACUGUAUUACCACCACCGAACGCCAGAACUUAUUCAGAAAGAUGUCAAAGGGCUAGACAGAAUACCAACACAUUUGAGUGUCAUAUUGAAGCUUGAAGAUGGAGGCAAAGGAGGGGCUGGGUUGGAAACAUUGGUUGACGAGGUUGCGGAGAUUUCGGCUUGGUGCAUGUGUGUUGGGAUUCCCACGCUUUCCGUUUAUGAAAAGACUGGAAUAUUGAAAGGAUAUGUUCCAGCAACACAUCGCGCUAUUACACGAAAGCUGUCCUCAUAUCUAGGACCGGAUCAUCCUGCGGUUUCCCUACGUGCUCCUCACGUUCCAUCCAUUGAAUCAGCAGCGACAACAACCACUGGUGAAAUUAUUUCUUUUGCGAAGCCACUAUCCGUUCUUUUGCUUUCAGCCGAAGAUGGCCGAGAUUCUAUAGUCGACCUUACCAAGACUUUAGCAGACAUGGCGCAGCGCGCCAAACUUUCCUCCACGGACAUCAGUGUUGAUUUGGUUGAUGCUGAGCUUGCUGAGAGUGUCAUGGGCGAGCCAGACCUCUUGGUCCUUUUCAGUCCAAUUGUUGAACUAUCAGGGUAUCCACCGUGGCAGUGUUUUUGA